CUCGUCGGAUUGUAAUUCAUGUAACCUCAUCCGGCGAUUCAAAACCAUCAAAACUUAGCCCGACGCUAUCAGGAGUUUUGGUUUUGUUUAUCGUUCUGUUGUGAUGCCUUCUGAAAAUCAAAAAUGGGACACUUUACAGGCUUUGAAAAAUUCCCCAAAGGGAAAUAUCACAUACGACCCGUUCUGGUCGGAAAGGGGCGAGCAUAUUUUGGCAGGAUGCAAAGAGGCCUUCAGCCUGUCUUCGACCUCUGGGAUCAUACUGGAGCGUCUCUGCACCUUGCCCCUGCAGAAGUCUUGCUUUCUGGGCUCCAGCUCCGGAGACUCCAGCCCUGGGCUCUCUGAGGAGAUCUCCGCCUCGGUUUCCUUUACAGGAUCUACCUCCGACCUCAACGUCAUGCACACUGCACUUUCUUCAGCCCCGUCUUCAAAGACUGAGCGUGAGCAGGCUGUUAGUGAUGAGGCGAAGAAUGAAGAUCCAGAGGGAGAUGUCAGCGAAGUUUCCAGUCCUGCGUUACUACCUGGGAUUUCCCUGCUGUCGCCCAAGGCCAUGGUGAUGGCGGGCCGCAUUAUCAAGUUUGAGGUGGAACAACGAGAAAAAGCCAAGAUGGCACUCAAACAGCGGCAGGAGAUGCAGGAGAAGUUGGUGGCGGCGGUGGCCACCUCCGAGUCUGAGCAGCUGAAACGCUUUGAGGAGUUCAUGGAGCUGAAGCAGAGGCAGGAGUACCAGAGCAUGAGGGACAUGAUGGACAGAGAAACCAAAGAGAGCAUCGGGCGUCAAGAGAAGCUGAAGGAAGAGCAGCGACACAGAAUGAAGAUCCUCAACCUGCGUCUGAGGGAGGCGGAGCAGCAGCGCCUGCGGGAGGCGGAACUCGAGCGUCAGCGGCAGGCGGACGGCCGGGAGCGGCUGCGUAACCUCAACACCAUCCAGGAGGAGAUCCUGCAGCUCAACCAGCUGCUGGAGCCGUCCACCCAGACCAAAACCAAUCUCCCACCGGCCAUCCUCAGCUCCUGCUGCACCCGCGGGAACCAGCUCUGCUCCCAGCUGUCAGAGGUGGUGCGGAAGACGGCAGAGGGCGAGUUUCCCAGCGUAGAGGACAUGACCGUGGCCGAGCGAGCCCUCCACGAGAUGAGGGCGCUGAUCCGGCUGAUGCAGGAAGAGGUCGCCAAGGCUCAGGAGAAGAAGAAGAAGGAGCAGGAAGAUGAAGAGGAGCGCAGGAAGCAGGCGGAGCUGCGGGCGCAGCAGGAAGCGCAGAAGAAGGCGGCGGAGUCGGCCAAAGAGAAGGCAAAGAGGAAAGGGCUGCAGAACAGCGCUGAAGACAGCACGCUGAAAUGGUACAGGCAGCUGCAGGAGUCGGCUGCUCAGUGUGCACAGUCCUACGAACAGCUCAACUCCCCAAAAGACUCCCAGACAAAGAGGCUGAAGCUGGAGCUCCAGAAAGCGGCCUCCAUCCCCGUCAGUCAGAUCUCCAGCAACUCCGGAUCCCAGCUCCGAGAAAUCUUUGACAAGAUUGACAAGCUGCUGUCUGGGCGGGCGGUGGUGUCGGGGGGCAAGUCUGUCUCCACCUCCCAGCAUCCACAGGGCCUGGACUUUGUCAGCUACAAACUGGCUGAGAAGUUUGUGAAACAAGGAGAAGAGGAGGUGGCCUCUCACCACGAAGCCGCUUUCCCCAUCGCCGUGGUAGCCUCCGGCGUCUGGGAGCUGCACCCUCGAGUGGGCGAGCUCAUCCUCGCCCACCUGCACAAGAAAUGUCCAUACGCGGUCCCACAUUACCCUCCGAUGAAGGACGGCACACCUGUGGAGGACUACCAGAGGAUUCUUGGUUACCGCGUGGACGACUCCGGCGUUGAAGGCCAGGACAGUUUCCUGAAGAGGAUGUCAGGGAUGAUCCGUCUCUACGCGGCCAUGAUCCAGCUGAGGUGGCCCUACGGCUCCAAGCAGGGGUCUGCUCCUCACGGUCUGAACCACGGCUGGCGCUGGUUGGCUCAGAUGCUCAACAUGGAGCCUCUGGCUGACAUCACGGCAACACUGCUGUUUGACUUUCUUGAGGUCUGUGGUAAUGCUUUGAUGAAGCAGUAUCAGAUCCAGUUCUGGAAACUCAUCCUGCUUCUUAAAGAGGAAUACUUCCCCAGAAUUGAAGCGGUGACCGAAAGUGGACAGAUGGGCUCAGUCAUCAGACUCAAACAGUUUCUCGAGACCUCGCUGCAGAGCCGAGAUCCGUCCUCCGCCCAAAGGCCAGCUGAGCUCCAUGUUCUGGGGCUCCUGAUGAGGAGGAGGAGGAGGAGGAAGGAGGAGGAGGAGCCGUGUUGGAUGUUGCUGCAUGACGCCAUUUAGGACUGAAUGAGGCAGAGAGGAGGCUGUGGUCUGAUACUGAGAAACUGAGUCCUUUGUGGCAGGACGGAGACUUGAGUCAGUAAUCACAGGGAGGAACGCUCUAAGCUGCUACUGGAGGAAGAUGGUUGUUCACAUCUGUUAAACUUUGAAGUAACGCAGCUUCUUAGGCUAAUACAGUUAGUGUUCGCUUCAUUUUAUGGACAAGGACACAGUGGAGGACAUUGAACGGCUAACGGAAAGAUAUUAUAUAUGGAUUUCUUCUACAAAAUCUGCUUAAAUGGUUUUCUACAUCUCAUGGCUUUAGAAUAUACUUGAUAAUUUGUUUGCAACAAAAAGUCCAG